AAUUAAUGCAAUAAUGGAAAGUUACAUAAAAAUUAUAGAUCCACAAAGAAGCGGUGAAGCACCGAUUGAUUUAAAUGACACAAUUGUUCGACGUGUGAGAUUUCCACCGUUAAUCUUAAAUGGUCACUGGUUAAAGGAUGGAAAUGCAACUUUAUUGAAUAACGGUGAAAAAGCAUUUAUCUUUUUGAAUGGCGAUAGGAUCCCAUCAACAGUAUCUGGUGGACCACUCAUAAAUGACAAAUAUGAAUUUCACAAUGCGCAUUUUCACUGGGGUGAGAAUGAUUGUAGAGGUGCUGAACAUACGAUCAAUGGUACUUGGUUUUCCAUGGAGUGUCAUUUAGUGCAUUGGAAUCAGAAAUAUCUUACCUUCGAAGAGUGUUUAAAACAUCCAGAUGGCCUUUGUGUGUUAGCUUAUUUAUUUUUGGUCCAAUCGGGAUCUUGUGAAUGGUACAACGUCAAAUUUGAAAAAAUUUCUGAAAAUCUAAAGUUUAUUCAGAACGCUGGAUCAGAGAUAAGCAUUCCAGCAAAUUCCUUAUCUUGGAUGCGAGUUGCAACAGAUUGUCCAAGUUAUUAUACGUAUCACGGAAAUUACGGUGACUUUAAACUGUUCUGCGUUACGUGGAUUGUAUUUCCAAUUAUUAUUCCUAUACAAUCUUGUCAACUCAAUGAGUUCCGAAAAUUAAAGAAUAAAAAUGGCGAGUUUAUAAAAUCAAAUUGGAGAGACGUUCAACCUUUGCGGGGACGACAAAUAUUUUUAGCUGUCUCUUAAGAAAAACUUACGCACAUUACUUUAAACUUAAUAAACAAUUAUCUUGAAAAUUUCUAAUUUCUUAUAACAUUUCACAACUACAGAAAUUAUCUACAUAUGUAUAAUAAUUUUCAAUUUUUUACAACACGUGUAAAAUAAAAUAAUCUCUUAAGUAUAUCAUAUAA